UUAAACCUACCUGGAAUGUGUAACAAAGUAUCCCUGCCCUAAACCUAAUACCUGGUCGUGCCACCCUUGGCAAGAACUGCAGUCUAGUGUUUCUGGCAAUUAAUGCUUCUCAUCACUGUGGAGGAAUCAUGGCCCACAUUGUUUUAGUUUUGGAGUGGCCUUUGACUAGGGGGCAGUUACUUUUUCCACACAGAUAGGUUUAGAUUGCUUCCCCCUUGAUAAAUUAAAUCACAAUUUAAAAACUGCAUUUUGAAUUUAUCUUUGACAGGAAGGGGGAAAAUACUUUUCUUAGGGUAUAUGUGAACACGCGUUUUAUUGGGAUUUUGCUUACAGUGUGCAUCAACAGGUGGAUAAAUCAGCUGGUUUAGGAUGGUUAUCUGAAGCAGCCAAUCAUCUGGCUCGCCUUCUUCCCUUUUACGAUUUGAUGUUUGAGAGUGAGCGCGUGCAAGAAUGCACGAUUCAGCGUUUUUUUCCCCUGAAUAGACUAAAUGAAAAGGUCCAGGUGAGAGCUGUGGAUUCAAACACGAAACACAGCACACACCACGCGGUCAGAGUCCCCCCACAGCCUGUCCUUCACUCACACACUUUAUAAAGGUCAUUAUAAUACUGAUGGUGUUGUGAUUAUAGCCUGUUGUGACAGAGGCGGGUUUAGGAUCGGGCCACGCGCUGAUUGGACAUGAUGACCCCCCCUGUGGCACUGUGCUUCCGUUUAGUGCGUACGCGCAGGCGCAGCGACCCCUCUCUCUUCUGAUUUUUAUUUACUCCCGAAACCCAAGAUGGCUCCUGUGAAUGUCUCAGUCCCAUAGCAAAUCGAGGAUGCGAGUAGCUGCCGAAAAAACAACUUUUCCCCGAGCGUCGCAUCCCCUGGAGUUUAAUGCGUAUGCCGCGGAGGAGGCUCUAACGUCCGCGUAGGCACCGAGCAGCCGUCGGAGCUCCGCGAAACCGCCUUCAAUCCACCAAUUUGGAGUAGUUUCGCGAAGUAGCUCUUCUCCUCGCUGUCGCUCUCUGUCCGGAGCGAGGUUCAGGCAGGCAGCUCAUCCAAAUGGCCGAACCGAGAAAAGUGCAGUUUGUCACCCUCUCGGCCUUCGCAGCUGGAGCCGCCGCGGAGUCCAGGAAACGGCGGCUGGAGGAUGAGGCCGACUUCAACUUCGACAGAGCCGGGGAGGUCGAGGCAGCGACCGGGGCAGGAGGUGCCGCCAGCAACGGUCGCCUCGUUAAAACCGGCGACAGGGACAAGGCUGCAGCCGAAAAGAGGGCGACCGUGCGGCUAAACCUGCCCCUGUCCGAGCCUGACGACCGCUCCUCCGCCGAGUUUAAUUACGGGGAACUCAUCCAGAACCUCCAGGCAAAGAAUAAUACUCCAAGUUUGACUUCAGCCCGCAAUCCCGACGACCCCUUCAAUGAUGAGGAGAAAGAGCGGCUCCAGGUCGAAGCCCUGGCUAAGAAGUUUGAAAAUAAAUAUGGGAACGUGGGGAAGAAGAAGAGGAAGGAUCGAAUGCAGGAUCUGAUCGAUAUUGGGUUUGGCUACGAUGAGACAGACCCCUUUAUAGACAACUCUGAGGCUUAUGACGAGCUGGUGCCCGCCUCGCUCACCACAAAGCUGGGGGGAUUUUACAUCAACACUGGCACGCUGCAGUUCAGAGCGGCCUCUGAAUCCGAGGGAGAGGAGGACAAGAAGCUGAAUGACAACAGCGAGCAGGUGAUUAAGAGGAGGAAGAAGAAGGAAGGAAACACUCUGGAGGAGAAGAGCACGAAGAAGAAUAAAGUACCCAAACAGGGAGUCGCAGCUCUCAACCUCCACCGACCGGAGAAGAAGAAGAGAAAGAAGCUGAUAAAGGACUCUCUGUACCUAGCGACCAUGCUCCGCCGCUUCACCCGCGAGAAGGAAGAGAUGAGGAAAAGAAACCCCAACAUGGCUCACUCUGGCUUGGCAGGAAGCGUGGCUAACAAGCCCCACUCUGGCAAUACAACGAACCACCUGUUAUCUUCUAACUCCACCCACCUGCAGGACAACACAGCCGCCAACGACCUCUCGCUGGCAGACCUCACCUCGGACCCCGCUGUGAUGUCACUGCUGGGCUCAGCCAAUGAGAAGGAGCUACAGGACCUCCUGGGCGACCUGGACUUCAGCUUGUUGGACACCGACCAGCAGCACGCCAUGGCGACGGCCAGAGAGAACGGCAUACUGGGAGUCGGUGUGCCAACUCAUAAAGCGGUAGGAGGAGGUGGCCAAGGGCGUGGCCCGGGGUCUUCCAGCAGACUGUUUUCGCCGCCUCCGCUUCCCAAUGGACUGCCUGCUCCUCUUAUUAAACGCAUCGAGGAUCUGCGGGUGGCUUCGCGGCAGUUUGAUCAGGAGGGCAGGAAGAAAUUUUUCACCCUGGACAUGAAUAACAUUCUCCUGGAUAUUGAGCUGCAGGUCCAGGAGCAGCCUCCCGAGGUGCGCUCAGAAAUCUACUCCCACAUGGAGGCGUUUGUGCCGUGCAACAAAGAGGCGCUCCUCAAACGCCUGAAGAAGCUCAGCCUCAACAUCCAGGACGAUCGACUGCGGACGCCACUUUUGAAGCUGAAGCUGGCGGUGUGCAGUGUGAUGCCUGAGCAGAUAGCGAGAUAUAACAUGGACUGCAUGGCCAAGGUUGCAAAACAGCAGUCAGAGGAGGGCGAUAAGAACGGCUCAGAGGAGGACGAUGAGGAGAAACCUGGGAAGAGAAUCGUGGGACCUCGGAAGAAGUUUGUCUGGGAUGACAAGCUCAGGAACCUGCUGUGCAGCUUAGUGCGAGUGAAGCUGAGCUGCUAUGAGAUGGAGAACCAGUGCUCUCUGUCUGUGGAGGACUACCUCAAGGCUUUCUUAGAGAAUGAGGUCAAACCACUGUGGCCCAAGGGCUGGAUGCAGACCAGGAUCUUGUUCAAGGAGAGCCUUGUUGUUCACAAUCACCUCACUGGAAACCUAGUGAAGAGGAAAAUGGUGCCUGGACCCAAGGCUAAACCCAAGGAGGGCCUUUGGCUCCACAAACCAUCGCUCGGCAUGACCUCCACCCCAUCUCAGCCCACCUCCACAUCUGUUCUGACCUCCAACCGCCGGCCCAUCUCCUCCUCGGAGCCCAUCUGUUUGUCAGACUCUCUGGAUGAAGAUCUGACCGUUCCCUCUCUGGACUCCAUCUCCCACGCUCUGGCCCUCCUCAGCAAUGCAUCCAAGGGUCCCACAGACAGCCCUUUGUCUCCCCCACCGCUGCAAAUACCAACCUCUUCUCCUCCACCCGUCGCCCCUCACUACCCCUCAGGCUCUCAGCUUUCUGCCUCGUUAGCACAGACAACGCAGCACCAUUCCCUCUCUAAAGUGGAGAGUGCUCCACUGACAGCUGCAUCUGUUGUGAACUUGUCAACAACAACACUACCAACCUCCUCUUCUACCUCCUCUUCCUCGUCCCCGGCUGUCUCCUCCCUUGCUCACGUGCAGGCAGCAGGCCUAGCGUUAGCCUCCAGGACUGCAGAUGGUCACUACGGCCCGAUCAAAGGAUCUGGUGCCAUGGGCCAAACCCAGCCUCAGAGACAUGUUACCAUGGCAUCACCCAAUCACCGGCCAAGCACAGUGAUGGGGAAGAUGCAUCCGCACCCCUCCCCCUCUCCUCCAAAGCAUCGGCCUCCUCCGACAGCUUCCCCUCUGCUGCCCCCCCAUCAGAAAGGCUUUGCUAGCCCGGUGGGGAUACUGGGAACGAUGGGAGCAAGUCACGCACUGGCAAAGAGCAGCGCCAAAUCCAGCAGCAAUGGCAGUGCCGUCAACAGCAACGUCACACCUUCCUCCUCCCCUUCCCCUCAGUCCCGCUCCAACUCUACCUCCCACCAUGGCUUGCAGUCCUUUUGCCCCCCGUCACCGGCCACCUCCUCACCCUCGCCAACCUCCCAUACCGCACACUCCGCUCAAGGUAAAUCCCACACACACCACCACCACCAGCCCAACUUCAUCACACCCAUGCAGGCCACCCUCACCAAGUCCUCGCACAGCAGCAACUCCUCUCCCAUCAUCAAGCUAACCCCUCGGCCUCCCGCCCCCACCCCGCCACCUUCAUCCUCCCCCUCGCCAUCAUCCUCACCGUCAAAUCCGCUUUCCCAUCAGAUAAUCCCCACCCAACAGCAGCAACACCAGUUCUCUCCCAAAACCCCCAAAACUUUCCGGCCCCCCUUCAGUGUAUCAGGUGGCGGGCAGGUGAAACAAACACAGGGCGGCUGCACCUUCGCUGGAGCCCAGAAACCUCAGUCCACCACUAGUAACAGUAGCAUCAACAACAACUCUAACAACAAGGGAGUGGUCUCGACAGUCUGCAGUCAUCCGGAUAAAACCCCCCAAUCACCUUCAGUCUCAGCCAGUCACGGGCAGAGGCAGAGGGUGGUGGGUGGGGCCAGCCAGGGCUCAAAGGCUGGAAAUGGUUGGGUGGCUUCAGGAACUUUGGCCACAUCCUCCACAACGUCACACCUCUCACAGGUAUCGACUGCAGGCACUCCCCUCCUGGGCAAUCCCUCUGCUUUGCCCCUGGGCUUCGGGAUGUUGGGAGGUCUGGUGCCUGUCUCGCUACCCUUCCAGUUUCCGUCGUUGCUUAAUUUCAGCCCUCCUGGAGCUUCCGGGGCGGCUGGAAUGGGCACAGCACCCAGCUCCAACUCAGGAUACCCGUUAGCACAGAGUGACCUAAUGGAUCUGUAUAAGAGUCUCCAGUCAGGGUCACAGGCUGCCCUACCUCCUCACUUGCAGCUUGCUUUCUCAGAUGCGAACCAAAGCCAGGGUGGAGACAUGAAGAGGAAAUCCCACUGAAAAAUAACAGCACAGGAGACAGACAGACAUCACAGCCUCGCCUCCUGGCCACAACCACCAACAGGACUCUUCAGCUUGAUUGACUGACACGUGAUGCGGUAUGAAGGGGGCGGUGCUGCUCCGUCGCCUCCUUUAAAAAAACAAAACAAAAAACAAACAAAAAAAGGACCUAAAAGAGUUUAUCUUCGCUACGAGUGGCAAUGAUUUAAUUUAACUGUAUUUUCUAACAAACCGGGUAUGAGAACAAGACGGCGUGAAUGACGAGGACACUUGUUUUUGUUUUGCCUUUUUUUUUUUUUUCCUCCUCUUUGUCAACAUGUUUACAUAUGACUGACCUUGAUCACUGUGGAAUGAGUGUGAGCGAGGUGGUGGUACAGAUGAGAGUAGUAGUACACUACAUAAUAUAAUUUGUAUUUAAGCUGAUGUGGAAUAACAGGACUCGUUGUUGCAGUACAGAAAAGGAAAAAAAAAAAGAAGAAACAGACUGACUAAUGAACUUUUGUUUUUCUGUCUUUCGUGGGAAUCGUCUGUAGAAGUUUAUCGUCGGUCACCUCUGCUCCCACAAAUGACUGUUAAGUAGUAGCUUAAAUUAAUAUUGAUAAAUUAUUUGUAAUUUACACAGGGACAAAGGUGUGUGUGUGUGUGUGUGUGUGAGAGUGAGGGAGAGAGACUGUGUGAUGUGGUUAGUUUUAAAUGUGUGUAUGUACAUAAGAAACACAAUAUACUGUUAAUUUCUUUCCAGAUUAUUCUGUAUGACUGGGUAAAGACGUGUAUUCCCCUCUCACAAUAACGAGCAAGCGUUAAGUGUGACGCCCCUCUCUUGCUCGGUGUGUUUUUGGUGCUGUUAACGAUCACACUGGACCUUUUCUUGGAGAAAAAAAAAGACUUAAAUUGAAAAAGUUUCGGCCUCCUCUUACGGACAGAGGAAUUGCCUGUGAGAGAGGGGGAGAAACAAGAUUGUAGUCUACUUGAAUUUUUUUUUUCUUUUCAAAUGUUAAGAUUUUUAUUUCCUUUAUCUGCUUAUUGACUCAAACCAACUUAAUAUAACAAGACGCCUUAGUUUGUAUUGAAAAAAAUAUGAAAAAGAUCUAUGCAGGACUGUAAACGCUCAAUGCAAAAGUGCAAGUCGUCGCUUGGCUUUCAACCUCUACUCAACUUUGUCAGUGCAUUUCUGGAGUUGUGAAUGUCUGUAGAUGCUCUUUAUGUCACUUGAGACUCCUUAUUUUUUUUCCCCAGUGUGUGCGUUCAGACAGAAAGCGAAGCGAGUUUUAGGUGCAGGGCGAUUAUACACAAACGCAAAGACAGCAUGCAUUCACACAAUCAGAAGAAUGUGGGGAAAACGUGGAAGGCUGUACCCAGUCCUGGGGCAAGCAGAGCCCCAGUGACUUUGACACUUCUAAAAAGUCUAAAGCAGGGGUGUCAAACUCAUUUUACAUACAGCCUGCUUUGAUCUUAAAUGAGCCGGACCACUUAAACUCACCUCUCUGUCAAUGCAAAGAAGCUUAACUAUACAUUUAAUGCCCAAGAUAUCUUAAUAUAAGAAAAAGUAGGGCAAUUUCAACAAUAUGCCUCAGUUUUUCUAUGUGAUUAAGAAAUGCUGCUAUAGCAGAGAGAAAUCUCUCGGUGCGACUCUUGGGCUUAAAUUGUAAGAUUUUUUUCUUUUUUCUUUCUAUAAACAGAAAAAAAAUCUGUAGUUUUUCAGUAAUUUUACAGAAAUUUUUCUGUUUAAAAAAAAAAAAAAAUUGCAGAACUUUCUGUAGAUUUUUUUUUCUUUUUUUUUUAAAAUUUUACAGAAAUAUUUCGACUCAAACACAAAGCAAAACAAAAUGUAUCACUUAAUUAUUUUGGGAUAUUAUGAAUGGCCGUGGGUGAGGUCGUUAUUGGUAGGAAAAGCUGUAAAACUUGUUUAAAAUCAAAAAUUUCCUUUCUUCUCCACAUUUUCUAAAACUGUCCAUUGAGCCAGAACAGAGCCUUUGCCAGGCCAAUUCUGGCUCCUGGGCCUUAUUUUUGACACCCCUGGUCUAAAAAGUUUUUUGUUGUUGUUGUUGUUAUUGUUGCUUUCCCUUCAGUCAGCAUUUUCACAUUAAAUUCUAAUUGAGCUGCCCCCUCAUUAAAUCACCUGUACACAUAGUUUAAGAGUUAACAAAAGAACCUUUUAGCUGCUGUUCACCGCGGGGUUGUUUUACAGUGAGAACUGAUUUAACAGCCGAUUUAACAAGAAGCUAAAAUGAAACCGGUCUGCAUGUGGAUGAACUUCAGUAUGCAAUCUUAACAAGGGCACAACAUUUACUCCAAUACAUUUAUUUAUAUUUUUGCUAAUGUCAGAUUUAUGAUAUAAAUUAUAAAUGUACUAAUGAAACGGUACAUAAAGUCUCCAUGAAACACCUUUUUUUUUUUUUUUUUUUGCAGUAGCUAGUUAUUAUUGCUGUCUUUUUCUGAUUUAUGACUGUUAGCAUUAAAGUGCAAUACUGCUGGAAGGUUAACCAGACAGUUACUGGUGGUAAUUCUUUAAAAUAUUAGCUAAUGUGUGUUAUAUUAACAUAAUAUUACUUUUUUUUUAAAAAAAUAUCACAUCUGGCAACAAUACUGGUGUACUACAGCCCCCUCCAGAGAAAACACUCCAGUCUGAAUUAGCCACAGUUUAUUUUUACACAGCCAAGCAAUACACAGACCAGUGUUGGCCUCUCAUAGAUAUAUUUAUAUAUUUUAAAAUGUUAUCAUCAUACAGUUUGUCCACUAUUUGCAAUACAUGCAGCACUGUCUGCAGUACAUGUAGCAGAGUAGCAUUGGUCAGGUGGUGUCAUUAAAAUAAGCUGGACACCAGUUUAUGAAAUACUACAAUGGCAUCAUUUCCCCUUUACAGUAUCUCAGGGUUUGUCCUCGGUGUGCGUGUAUAGUUAUGGCAAUGACUCUGUUACUUUAACACAAGUCUGUUAUUUCUGGACAUUUGAUAAACAAAUGCGUUUUAUGGUUUAGUAAAAACUGAUGAGUUGUGUAUUUUUAAUUAUCAUUAACAGUGAUUGACCACCCCACCCCGCCCCUGGAGAAAGCCCAAUAACUUUGUAGGGUCACUAACAUUUUUGUAUGCAGAUUUAAAAAUUAUUAAUAAUAAUAACUAUGUGUAUAUAAAGACUCUUGGAUGCUCUACACUUAAAUAAAUGGCUUUAGACUCAAAAAUCAAUCACUAGUAAGGCUCUUUAAAAUAAAGAAAAAAGCGAAAUGUAUAAUAUUACUACACACAGCUGCGUACAUCAUUAAAUUUUAAUGAAGCAUCAGGAUUGUUUUAUAUUUAAUCUAAAUUAAAAUACUAAAACUACUACAACUGAUUUAUGUACUUUUAAUAAGGCUGCUAGCUUAAACCUGCUUAAAUCCAUCAGCCUGCAAUGACUGCCGCCAUUGUUUGAAUGCAGCAGUAUGGAUGAUAAAGCUUUUAUAAGCGCUGUGGAUGAGAACUCUAAUUAAACUAAAGUAUAGAGGUGAAAAUGUAAAAGCUGAAUAGAUGAAAAUAACAAACAAAUACCACCGUUUUUGAACCGUUUUGAUGUGAUGCUGAACACAAAUCGCUUCCAGUGCUAACUACCAGCAGGCUAACUGGCAGCAGGCUAACUGGCAGCAGGCUAACGGUGAAAAGUUGGCAGACACCCCGAGACUAAAACGAAUUUCGCCCUGUCUGAACGCCGCUAGUGAAACCUCCCCUCAGCUGAAUACCUCCGUUAACGAAACAGUUCUUCCUGAGUCUCUCCUCCACCCAUCGGCUCCCUGCCCUCCUCCACUUGUGUCUGGCUGACCGGCUGCACCGAGAACGACGCCAAAGAUUGUUAUGUAGCUCCUCCUGAUGGGGUGCUGCUGGUCUGUGUGUGUAUGUGUGAGGUUAUUCCCCCGACAUGUAAACCCAUGCGUGUCAUUGUGAAGUCGUGACUGGAGCAGUGGGUGACAUUUAUUUAAUUUUAAAUGAGGGGGGUCAAAAUGACAUUUUGUGGUUAUCCAGUUACCUGAGUUGGUCUUUUUGUAGAUUAUUUUUGUGUGUCCAUUAUGAAAUUAAAACAGGUGGUUUUAA